GGCAGACGACGCCUCGAGCGGCUUUCCUCCACACGGCCACACCGGACGCCCGACGUGUCUAAGGCCUCUUCCGGACGCAGUUAUGGCGAUCGGCUUGAGCCCUCACGCAAACUACAACACGAGCAACAACACGAACCGAAACAGAAACAGAAACUCGAACCUGCUGUUGCCAUGGCGACAACCGACCCGGACGGGGCACGGCCAACAGAGGAGGUACGAGCAGAUGACGCGGCCGAAUCUGGCGAGAGGGAGAGGGAGAGGGUGAGGGAGAAAAGCGAUCUGGCCUCAGACGAACUGACCUCUGAGGUGAAGAAAGCAGACGACUCCGGCUCCAACAUUUCUGCUCCCGCCUCGCUGCCCGUCCAUCCGCCGUCCGGCUCGACUACCCCCAGACGCACAGUUCGCCGUCGCCGGCGUCGACGCCUCGGCUCGUUCGUGCGCUCGUCCAGCAGCGAAGAGGCCCAGCUCGGCUCAUCUGCCCGGAGACGAGAGCCACAGCCGACGCGGCCCAUCGCUCGCUUCGCGCUUGCCUCCAGUCGCCGGCCAAAGCUUCUGCCGGGCCUGGAGCUCGUCGAGGAGCCGUUCGUCAGCUGCCUCCCGAUGACCCCGUCGGAGGCCAUCGCCAAGGCGGCUCUCGGCGUUCCCGCCAGCGUGAACCACGACAGUGACGCCUCCUCUUCCGGCUCCCUUGAGCUGGCCAAGGAUAUACUCUCCUCGUCGGCUUGGAAGGAGUUGAAGAUGUCCCGUUUCGUCUGCUAUAUCUAG